UCGCAGUACGCAGUUUUGUGGAAAAGUUCUCAGCUCGAUUCUCAGUGCCGAGUGAAAUCCGGCCGGAAAUAUAAAAUUAAAUUACUGCACUGAUAGUACUUCUGGAAAGUGAAAGUGUAUUUUCAGUAGUUGCGAGGAGUGCUUUCCGAAAAAAAAGUAAUCCACUAUAAACCACCGGACAGUGGCAUAGCUAACCAAAACGGUUGUUCAGGGUUCGGUUCAGGGCACCGGCUGCCCUAGAAGGGAAAUUUAAAGCAUAAGUAGUAUCGAUUAAAGUUAAAAGUGUGCCGAAGGAGUAGUUGGGAGUCAAAGUGGAUAUGUGCCCUUUCAAGCUAAUGAACUGUUAUAUCAUUGACCGACGUUUUCUCGCAAAUUUCACUGGUCGGUCGAAACAUGUGUACAGUAGUGUUGCAUGCAGAGGAUUUGCGAAUCACAGAAUAAAGAGAAACACAUCUAGAUCCGGAUUCUGAAAGCCUAGCUCUGAGUCAAUCGCGAAAUCGUAGUUGCCAUUGAUUAGUUUUCUCGCCAGUUUUACGACAAAAAUGAAUUAUUCUCCAAGAGGAUUUCUGGCGCGUACUGUUGUAGACAAAACGCGAAAUGAUAUUUCCCUGGACAACUGUGACAUGUCAGCAUGGUAUUCGUUGUCUAAACUUCCGGAGCAGUAUGAGAAACGGUUUGUUAACAUGCAGUGUCCAGACGAUAUAACGCUCAAAUGGUUAGAACAGUCGAAGGAAGUUUCUGGCAAAUUUUGGUUGCAACUAUGGCAUCUAAUAGCUAGGGCAUUUCUGAGUGUGUUCUUGACGCAAACGGAUGUCAAUGGCAUACUGAAACGUGGAUCAAUGUUUAUCUUAUCUGAAACACAAUUUAGCCAUUUACUCAUUAAAAGCGGAUUUGGGAAAGCUUUUGCUGAUGAGUCGAAGGAAAUAAAAGUUUUGGAUAUUGGAGCUGGGGAUGGAGAAGUAACUUUACGGCUUGUGAAUGGUAUAUCUUCCAUCUUCCCAUCGUCAACUAUGAAGCUCUAUGCUACAGAGUCGAGCUGGAUAAUGCGUUCACGAUUAGCAGAGAAACAAAUUACGGUAUUAGAGGAAAUCAACCAACUCGGUGAUGUUGAAUUUAUGUCAUGUCUUAAUGUACUUGACCGAUGUAUCGAUCCACAUCAGCUGUUAUAUGACAUGUACAACGCGCUAGCACCAAAUGGAAGAUUAUUAUUGGCGCUAGUCUUACCAUAUAGCCAUUACGUAGAAAAAAAUUCUAGUCACAUGCCUCUUCGGCCACUGAUGGAACAUUGGCCUAGUCUUUCUUGUUUACCAAUAGAAAAGGAAAUCGAAAAGUUCUUCGAACAAUUAGAACACGUAGGUUUUAAAAUUCUUUCCUGGACUAAAGCUCCGUAUUUAUGUGAGGGCGAUCUCAAACAGUAUUUUUACUGGUUAAACGACAUACUGGUGGUAUGCUCGAAAUAGUGUAAGAUAAUGGAUUAAGUGAGCGAAGUUAAUCUAUGCAUUUAUUGUAUUGUUAUAUUUCGAUCUAUAAAAAGUAUUGGUUCCUA